GAUCGCCCAUAUCUUGCCCCGUUCGCAUUCGGUUUGCCCAGAGCUCAAGAAACAUCCCUCCAUAAUUUGCUUCUCUUUUCUCCAAUUCUCACACAUUCUUCUGCUUCGUUAAUUUUCUACUCGAUUUCGCUCUUCAGAAAUUUGACAAUGAAGCUUGACACUAGUGGAUUGGAGACAACUAUGCCUGUGAUUGGCUUUGGAUCAAACAGUGAGAUGCUUGAUGGGUUUUCGUCUGCACCUUCGUUUGAUCUUCCUCGUACCACUGAUUUUGAUGGGUUUCAGAAAAAAGCUGUGGAGAUGGUGAAGCCUGCAAAGGGUACAACUACACUUGCGUUUAUCUUUAAGGAAGGUGUUAUGGUAGCUGCUGAUUCUCGAGCUAGCAUGGGAGGAUAUAUCUCGUCGCAAUCUGUGAAGAAGAUUAUUGAAAUUAAUCCUUAUAUGCUUGGUACAAUGGCUGGUGGUGCUGCUGAUUGUCAAUUCUGGCACAGAAAUCUGGGAAUUAAGUGCCGUCUACAUGAGCUGGCAAACAAAAGGAGAAUCUCUGUUUCAGGAGCUUCAAAGCUUCUUGCUAACAUGCUCUAUUCAUAUCGUGGAAUGGGACUUUCUGUUGGCACAAUGAUUGCUGGAUGGGAUGAAACAGGCCCUGGAUUGUACUAUGUUGACAACGAAGGAGGACGGCUUAAGGGAGACAGAUUCUCUGUCGGUUCAGGUUCACCAUACGCUUAUGGUGUUCUGGACAGCGGAUACAAAUUCGAUAUGUCGGUUGAAGAAGCCUCAGAGUUAGCAAGGAGAUCCAUCUACCAUGCUACAUUCCGUGAUGGAGCUAGUGGUGGAGUUGCUAGCGUGUACCACGUUGGGCCGCAAGGAUGGACGAAACUCUCUGGAGACGACGUUGGCGAGCUACAUUACCAUUAUUACCCCGUGGCUCCAAUCACCGCGGAACAUGUGAUGGAAGAGGCUGCCGAAUAAGUACUGUGAUUCUUGUCUAUCUUACUAAGAGUUUUAUUACAUCACUUAUGUUUUGUUCAUCAAUGAACAGAAUCAUAGAUUCAAGUUUCUUUUGUAUUGCGAAUGAUGUAGACGUUAGUUUGGCCACAAUGAUCACGUUGCAUAAUAGAUAACAUAAUAGAUAACCUGUUUCUUUCUUCUUCUGUUUUUCAAUUUGUUGUACAAUGUAGAUACACACAAGUAUCCAAAAUAUGUCCCUUAAUGCUUAACUACUUUUCAAGUGACUGUACAGAAGAUAAUAAAUU